AUCAACAACUCUCUUCAUCUUGGUUCAGUCUAUUUAAAAACCAAACAAACCUGCAUGUAUACUUGUGUACUGAACGUCAUGGGCUUGAACCUCAUCACCAUCCUGGAUGCCUCCUUCAAUCGCAACCAAUCACACCCUUAUUCUCACCUUAUUUUUGUCCCCACUGUCUCUUAUCUUGCAACCAUCAGUUUUCUUGUAUUGCCUUCUUGUUAAUUUGAUCAUGUUUCGUAAGCUUUAGAGGUAUUAGUUAUUUUAGUUCAGGAUUGUGAUCUUGAUUAGGGUUGUGAUGGAUCCUUGUGGUUUUGACGAUGGAUUUGACGAAUGGUUUUCAGAGAUGUUGAAGUUGGGAGGCUAUGAAGAUGAUGUGUCUUUUCUCCCUGAGGUGGAUCAAGAAGAGAACUCUAUUGAUUCAGAUGAGUUAUAUGAUCUUAUAGAUAAGGAGGUAAAGGAGUACUGCAAGAGUAUGAAGAAAGUUUCUUACAAGAAAACAAUUGAGAAUGGUUUCAAAUGGAUGAGUGAGGAAUGCCUCUUAGCUUUCACAAUUUCUGCUGAAAAGUUACAUUGUGAGGGCAUCGAGCACAAGUUUGGUGAACUUCACAGUCAAUGUUUCAGCGUUGAGUCUCAUGACAAGAUUUUUCAUCACUAUAACUUCACUAUUGAGGAAAAGCAUGGAAAUUCUGAUGUUUGGACUUCAAAACUUUAUUUUGCUGAAGUAAAGCAGUUUUCUGGUGUAAAAUCCUUUCUCUGCUGUCUGCUGGAGCAAAAUGACUGUGGUCACUGCUAUGGAUGCAAGAAUCAGGAUGUGUAUGACUUAAAACAUCCUAGUAAAGGUGGUUAUUAUGAAGGACAUUCUGGUAUAUGUUGGCCUUUUAUGGAUGAAACAGACUAUGACUCUGAUAGUGAUGAUGGUUGUGUCCUUGGCUAUUGAGAAGGUACAUAUAAGUAUGAUGUCUAAAUACUUUACCGUGAAAAUAU